CGGUGUGUGUGUGUAAGUUAAAGUGCUUAUGAGAAGCUUAUGACUCCUGCUGGCAUCAUCUAGGAGUUGGAAUUGUUCAGUUCCUUGAGGAAUUGGAGUGAUGACGUCUUUUCUGAUACCGAUUAUUACGUGACUGCAACAACAAUAAAAAAAAGUCAUUGGCAAAUAAAAAUCCGAACGCCACAUCAACAGAGAAACAAAACUAUCCAGACACCAGGCAAGGCAAGAAGGCAGGCAGAGACCCCUGUUUACAAAAGGGGGCUGGCGAUCAGACAGCUAAGAAGGUGCAAGAGAUCUGAUAGCUAAGGAAAGGUCUAGGAUAGCAGCACUCAGCGGCGGAGGGCUGGUCAACUUAGAAGGCACAGAAGGGCAAAGAGAGAAGGAGAGGAAGAGGUGAAGAAGGAGCAGGAGCCGAAGCCAGAAGCAGCUUGACGAAGAGAAGAACAUCUCCGUAGCAUCCGCUAGAACGCAGCCAGCCCCCACCUUCCUCCCUGGUGCCUUUCCGCUCUUUCUUUCCCAUCGAUAGGGAUUCCCCUUUUUCCUAUUUCCCUCCCCCCAUCCCCCGUUGUCCCUUUCCUGCCGGCCAGACUCCGUGCAAACUUUUGUGUGUGUGUGUGUGUGUGUGUGUGGUUAACCGGUUCUCUCUCUCCCCCGCCACCAAUACGCUAGGCAGCUAACAAGUCGAUCUGCUGUCUGUCCCACGCCCCCUCCCUUCCUGCGGCUUUCCUUUUACCCAUCAGAGGAAGAAAGGCACAGAGAGAGAGAGAGAGAGAGAGAGAGAGAGAGAAGCGAUGCUUCAAGAGUCUUAACCAUCACCACCGAAACUUCCUGAGGGGGAAAGAAGAGAGAGAAAUCGUUGUCUUUCACGUCCAUUUUUGACCAGCCAAAUCCUCCUAGUGCCGGCUGUUCCGAGUUGAAUGAGUGGCGAUGUGCAGGAAAGCGCUCCUAGCCUUGCUGGUCUAUGGGAUAAUCAUGCACUGCAGCGUCUACUGCUCACCUGCUGCUGGACUUCAAUACCCCGCGCUGAGGCUGGAAGACGAGGUGUAUGACGAAGACGGCAACACCUUGCCAGACUACGCUUUCGACAGCGACCCCGUGGGGAUAGCCGACCCUGCCUCCAUGCUGGACGACGUGUACACCUUGUACUACCCCCCGGAGAAGAGGCACGCGGACGGGAUCUUUAAUAAAGCCUACAGGAAAGUGCUGGGCCAGUUAUCGGCGAGGAAGUAUCUGCAUUCUCUGAUGGCCAAGCGGGUGGGUGGGGCAAGCGACCUGGAGGACGACUCGGAACCGCUUUCCAAACGGCAUUCGGACGGCAUCUUCACAGACAGCUACAGCCGCUACCGAAAACAAAUGGCUGUUAAGAAAUACUUGGCAGCAGUCCUGGGGAAAAGGGUUGAAGAAAUUACUAUUCUCCAUUUGCUACUGUACAUAGACAAAGCUGCCCUACUACAAGGGGAUUAUGAUGCUAUUGAGUUGGGAGAAUUGCUGACGCAGUUUCUUGCCCCGGGAACUUGGUUUUUCAAAGAUCAACACGAUCUUCAGCACAGCUAUCCGGAAAACAACAACAAAAAACCCCGUCCUGUUCAUUUCAAGCUAUGUGACGCAGGAUGCCGUGUGCAGCUUUUCGUGCCUUCCCUUCGCCUUUUAAAUCGCCACGAGUUCACAGAUGGCUAUUUAGUGGCCCUACAAUGCUGCAACACACAUCGGCUUGCAUCCCCUCCCCCCGUUCUUUCUUUUGUUAAAAGUCUCUUUAAUUCCUCUCGAGCCUGGCAAGUUGUUCCUUUUGACGAGGACAAUGGGCAGGACCUUGCUGCGUGUUUGUGCCCCCCUGUUUGGUGCGGUGACGGCGACCUCUAGGGCUCCGUAUUGACGUGCUAGUUGCUCAGCUUCUCCUUGCCAGGCCAGUGGGCUAGCCCCUUAAGCCUCGAUCGCCUCUCUAGGCUAGCUAUCCUCUGUCGCCAAGAGCCUUAAAGCUAAUGGAUCCAAUGGGAAAUCCAGUGAUCACUGAGGUUAGAUGUCUGUCUUUGGGAGAUAUAUCUAUAUCUAUAUCUAUAUAUCUAUAUUUUUUCCUUCUUCUGUGUAGCAACUUGAGUAUCAAAAAAAAAAAAAAAGGAAAAGCACUUCAGCAACAAGUAUGAUUAUAGCACCCAUGGUCUCGAUCAUUAGGACUUUGAGAACUGUUAUUUCAAAGUGUGUAAAGUUUGUAUUAAUAAAUUUUUGUAAACAAUGCCA